AAGUCUGUAGGAGGAGCAAUAGCCUUCUAGGUAUAUAUAAAGAGCGUCCCUUGCUUGUAUGAUAUCGACAUUCAACAUGAAGCUCCAAAUAUUAUUAUUGGUGGCUGUCGCAUCCGCUGCACCUCAGGGUUAUAAUUUACCCAAUCCUUCUGGCCCAUCAUUUAACGCCGGGGGUUGUGGGGGUGGACAAGUGCAACACGUGGAUGGCAGCUGUGUCACACCUCAAGUGAACAGUCGUGUGUUCUUGUAUGAUGUGCCGGCAAAUCAAGCUUCUUCCAGUCGGCCAGCGUAUGUUCCCAAACCUAAAUUGGAACGUAAUAUUGUUUUCGUGAGACUUCCAGAAGGUGGUCAAGGACCAGAACCCAUCGUCGUUCCUCCUCCGAGGCAACAACACGUUUUGUUCGUCCUUAACAAGCAGUCUGAACAAGGUCAACAAGUGAUCGAGGUGCCAGCACCACCACCUUCGGAUCCCGAAGUGUUCUUCGUGAACUACGCAGAAGGAGAGAACCCGACUCUUCCUGGUGGAGUAGACCUCCAAACGGCGCUGAGUGCUGCUUCUCAAGGUGGCGGUCAAGUCGUAGGAGGUGGUGGCGGUGGAGGUUCUGGUGGCGGCAUCGGAGGCGGAUUUGGAGGUGGCAUCGGAGGUGGAAUUGGAGGCGGCAGUGGAGGUGGAUUUGGAGGUGGUAUUGGCGGUGGAUUUGGAGGUGACAUUGGUGGUGGAUUUGGAGGUGGUGUCGGAGGGGGGUUUGGAGGUGGAUUUGGAGGUGGAAUUGGAGGCGGCAGUGGAGGUGGAUUCGGAAGCGGCAGUGGAGGUGGAUUCGGAAGCGGCAGUGGAGGUGGUCUUGGAGGUGGAUCUGGCGGUGGAAGCUACAGUCCCCCUAGUCCCUCCUCUGUAUAUAGUGGACCAUAAAUGUCGAAAACAUUCUGUGAUUCAAGAAUAUGUUACAGUAUCAAGUUGAUACUUGAAAAUCAAAAGAUUUUGGUUUGCUACUAUUUAUCGAUAAAUACAU